AUGGACGACCCGGCCUCGACUCCCGCGCAGCACCAGCAGAAGCGCCCGCGCGUAGCUGAAGAAAAUCGCAAACGAGCCGUCAGAGCGUGUGACGGCUGCCGGAGAGUAAAGGAGAAAUGCGAGGGCGGUGUCCCUUGUCGCCGGUGCCUGCGCUAUCGGAGACAAUGUCUCUUCACGCAUAUCGACCAGAGCGAGAAGAGCCGGUCGGCGAGUGUCUCGCUCCUGGAGCGAGCGGCGACCUUGAAUCGUCAUGAUAUUGCUGAGGCGGAGAGGGUGCGACUCAUGGAACGCAUCCUGUCGCAUUACAUGCCUAAUAGCACCUUCGAUAUCCAUUCCCUGCGCCAGGCCGCCGAGGAUUUGAAAGGCAAACAUCGGAGCUCGGACUCGGAUGUGUUCUCGAAUCAGAUGGAUGGUAAUGACAUGGAGGAUUUGGCUAUUGACGAGGAGGAUUUCACUAUCAAGGCUUUGCCUGAUAAUACCACCCAAUACUCCGGGGAGUUUUCUUACUUGAAUUUCUCCAUGAAAAUCCGGAAGAAGAUUGACGAGUGGAUGAAGACUGCGGCCCCAGAAGCUACCACCGAAGUCGAGCCAUUUGAGGAACGAUGGCGAUCGACACAGCUGCAAUCUGGGUCUUCGUUGGUCUCUGCAUCAAUCACCUGUCUCCCACCCCGAUAUGUGGCAGACUUCCUGGUCCAGAUCUUCUUUAAAUAUGCGCAGACCAACAACUUCUACAUUGAAGAAGAUUGGCUCCGCGAGAAGCUGGCGGUCUGCUAUACGAAUCCGGACGGUUUAUUGCCCGACGACGCCGGAGCGGUGUGCGCUAUCCUGAUGGUCCUAGCGGUAGGCACGCAGUUUGCCCAUAUGGAAUCAUCCACCCCGGUAAAUUGCUUGCCCUAUGAUUCUGCGGCGAACCAGGACCACCAUUUCUCGGAGGACGAGGUUGGCCUGACGUUCUAUCAAUUUGCGUCCAAGCUUUUACCGGAUAUCAUUGCCACAGCUUCUGUUCGGAGCGUGCAGGCGUGUCUUUUGAUUGGGACAUACCUGCUCCCGCUGGACACAUCGGGGCUAUGCUAUACAUAUUUCGGUCUGGCUCUCAAGCUGGCAAUUCAGAAUGGGAUGCAUCGGAGAUACCAUGGGGAAGGGCUUUCACCACGGAUAAUUGAAGUGCGGAAUCGAGUUUUCUGGACGGCUUAUACGAUUGAGAAGCGGAUCAGCAUUCUUCAUGGCAGGCCAGCCUCUUUAGCUGAUUCCGACGUCGAUGCACCACCCCCAGUAGACUUCCCCGGUCUAACACCCGCAGGGCAGCCGUCCAACCACACAAACAUGGUGACCUUGAUCACAUUGACGUUAAAGCUUGGAGAAGUCUCGAAUGAAAUCACCUCUCUCCGGACCUGUCGCAAAACCCAGCAGCCGGACUGUCUUGAGCGGCUACUCAACCUGCGCAAACAUCUGGUCGAGUGGUGGUCGACUUUACCGGAAGAUUGUCGCGAUCUCAACCCCAGAGAGCCUUUUUUCCGCUCCAAUGUCCAUCUGAAGUUGGACUACUGUCUGACCAGAGUCUUCAUUGGACGACCGUUCCUGUUCAGCAACAUCAAGGGUCUUCCUCAUGCGCCUCUGUACAAGGGUUCAUCCGGUCUUUCCAAGAACCGCGUGGCCCUCGUCACCGAUUGUGUGGAGGCGGCCCUGGAAAUCAUUGAUCUAUGUCGACUUCUCCGUGAUGAGACUGGACUUGCUCGUGCUUCGUUCACUGAGUUUAGUUCCUGCCGGGCUGCACUCUUGGUGAUCCUGGCACAAGGUCUGACCAAACGGACCGAACGACUUGGCGCCGCCCUGGAACAGGGUAUUUCCUUGAUCAAGAUCAUGUCCAUGGGUGUUGGUUCGGCGCGUUCAGCAGUCAGCGUCAUUGAAGCGCUCGAGCGCGCUAUUCGUCGUUUAGAAGUGUGGAGCGAGACCCAGCAGACCCAAAGCAAUGGGGGCAUUGAGUCUGCCUACGACCGUUUCAAAAACUGGGAGAUGCUUUGGAAAACCGGGCCUGUCUCCCCGUCCACCAUCGCCAGACAGCAGCAGGAAGUCUACGCUGUCAACGAUCCACCCGCGCAUCAAGGAUUGAGCUCUCUCCAUGCUCCCGCUGCUGCCGCCGCCGCUGCAGCCGCCGCGGCCGCGGCCGUACCCGGCUUGCCCAUAACACCGUCAACAGCAGUAAUGGCCGACGGCCGCAACGGCUCUGAUCCAGGCAUAAUGGUUUCCCAGCAGUCGCUAUCCCAAAUGCCAAAUUAUGGCUUCGAUCACUUCGUGUCGAAUUUUCCGCAGGAGCUCGGCGAGUUCAAUGCCAUCCCCUUCUUUGAACCUGAUGCGCAGACUCACCAGCCUGGCAUGGUGGGUUCGGAUGUGAAGAAUGAAGUUGCUGCCGAUCCGCACUGGCUGCAGUUUAUGAAUGAGUGA